CCGAGAUGCAGCGCAUUCUGUCGUGGUAUUGUAUGGUGAGCACGCGCGUGAUCAACCUGCAACAAUGUGCGCGGCGAAUAUUAUACCGGCCUUUAUUGUGGCCUUAGUACUAAAUGUGGGUGCGGACAUAGCGAGCGAGUGUGACCUGGCGGGUUUCUACCUGGAGCUGGGCUGCACGCCGGUGCCCGGCACCGCUAAGUGUCCGGAAGCCUUCACCUGCCCAGACCUCCACCCCAAGGACGACAUGUGCUAUUACAGGGGCGUCCCGUAUACGGACGGGUCCAUGGUUCCUCAGAACGUGGUCCGCAACCCGUGCUCGCAGGCGUGCGGCUGCCGGGUGACCGCCGGUGCGCCGGCGUUCAACUGCGCCGCGGUGGACUGCGUGGAGUUCUACAACCCCGACCAGAAGGACUGCGUCUUCACGUACGAGCUGGGCGCCUGCUGCAGCACGGGGACUGUGUGCGGUAAAGACGCGAUAGCCGCGCUCAAGACGUGCGAAGUGGAGGGCAAGACGUACAAGGAAGGGCAGACCUUCGAGCUGGGGCGGAAGACCUGCGUGUGCACCGCCGACUGGAGCCCCGACACCGGCUGCCGAGACCUGGACUGCGGGCUGGAGCUGCACUACCAGGACCAGAUACACGAUGGUUGCGCGCCCGUCUUCGUGGGGGAUAAGAAGGGAUGCCCGAUAGCGUUUGAAUGCUCAACAGCCAACAGCACGGUUGUGCGGGGCUUAAACACGCGCGGUGUGGGAGCCCAGUGCCGGUUCGGUUCCCUGACGCUGGUCGUGGGGGACGAAGUGACUGCGGCCGACCCCUGCAUGCGCUGCGCCUGCGACAUGCCGCCCUUCGUCACUUGCUCCAAGAAAACUAGUUGCGACCAAUGAGCUGAGCCGGAAAUAUUUGGAAAAAUAGUCUGAUUCCAAAAAAAAGAGACUGGAUGUGACUCAUCUGGAUAAUGAAGGAGAUCUUAAAAAACAAAGACUAUCUAUAGUAGGUAAUAAGUAUUAUAAUAAGACGUUUACUAUGAAAAAUCGACUUUGGUGAACGUUUAUUUGAAUGGAAUCAAUAUUGGUACUUAAUUGUUAGCAAUGUAAAAUAGGAAUAAGAAUACUUAGGAUGUUUUAAUAUAGUAAUUAAUGUUUAUAGAUGCAAUUUGUAAUAUUACGAUAAAGGUGAAACGCUGCCACAACUAGCUAUGACUCACACAAUACCACCUCGAUUCUCUUGUAUUUCUUGAUAUCUUUAUCACAGUUUUGGGUUUUAAGUUGGUGAUAUAAUUAUCGUUAUAUUUGUAUUAAUAUUAAUAAAGUAUACGUAAUACCGA